GCUCUCUGCUGCAUAUUUAUAUGUUGCUUCACCUCCCAUUAUCAAAUUUCACAUUAAGAAAUUUAUAAUAUAAAUUUUAAUUUUGAAAAAUAAAAUAAAGAAAAAGAGAAAAAUUGAACUCUGAAACCCAGAAUCCAUGGAAUUACGGAGUGGUUUUGCAUUGUUGUUUCAACAAUACAAGGCACUUUUGAAGAAGAACUUCUUGCUCUCAUGGCGGAACAAGAGAGCCACUUUCCUCCAGCUGUUCGCCUCUUUCUUCUUCAUCUUUCUCAUUUUUGUUAUCCAGGAGGCCAUCAAAGCUCGCUUCUCUUCCGCUACUUCAUUUAAAAGUGUCACCGACCCCGACCCUCAGUUCUCUUUCCCGAUCUUGCCAUGUGAGGACAAGUACUAUGUCAAACUUCCUUGCGUCGACUUUGUAUGGAGCGGAAAUGGAAGCGCUAGGAUCACUAGCCUUGUUAACGCCAUUAGAGACAAUAAUCCUGGGAGACCGAUUCCUUCAGAUAAGGUCAGAUCAUUUAGAACAGCAAAUGAAGUAGAUGACUAUCUGUACAAAAAUCCAAUGACCUGUCCGGGAGCUUUAUAUUUUGUGGAAAGAAAUGCUACUGUAAUUAGCUAUGGCGUUCAGACUAAUUCAACUACUCUGGCAAAGCGUGGGACUUUCGAAGACCCAACAUUUAAGUUUCAAAUUCCACUCCAGAUUGCCGCGGAACGUGAAAUUGCAAGAUCGCUUAUUGGAGUUCCAAACUUUAGCUGGUUCGUCACACUUAAGGAAUUUGCACACCCUGCACUGGAUAUCUUUUCUGCAUUGGCUACAGUAGGACCGGCCUUUUUCCUGGCAACUGCCAUGUUUGGAUUCGUAUUACAGAUGAAUUCUUUGAUCACAGAAAAAGAACUAAAACUGCGGCAGGCUAUGUCUAUGAUGGGUCUUUACGAUUCUGCUUACUGGUUGUCAUGGCUCACGUGGGAGGGGAUUCUUGCCCUUAUCUCAUCACUUGUUAUUGUUCUCUUUGGCAUGAUGUUUCAGUUUGACUUCUUCUUGAACAACAAUUUUGCUGUUGUAUUUUUUGUGUUCUUUCUGUUCCAACUCAAUAUGCUUGGCUUUGCCUUCUUGUUGUCAGCCUUCAUUACCAAGGCAUCUUCAUCUACAAGUGCUGGUUUCUUCAUAUUUAUUGUUGGCUCUGUAACCCAGCUUGUUACAGCAUUUGGAUUUCCCUACAAUGAAAGCAUAUCUAAGCUACUCAGAAACAUUUGGUCAAUCUUCCCACCUAAUCUUCUAGCUGAAGCGUUACAGUUACUCGUUGGUGCAACUGCCACUCCCCAAGAUGUGGGGGUCAGCUGGAGUAGUAGAGGAAAGUGUGCGCCAAAUGAUGACGAGUGUGUGAUAACAAUUAAUGAUAUUUACAUUUGGCUGGUGGCUACAUUCUUCAUUUGGUUUGUGUUGGCAAUCUACUUUGAUAACAUUAUCCCCAAUGUGUCUGGUGUAAGAAAAUCUGUGUUUUACUUUUUAAAUCCUGGGUACUGGAUAGGAAAAGGUGGAAACAAUGUGAAAGAGGGUGGCAUUUGUAGUUGCAUAGGCUCUGUUCCACCACAGGAGCAUAUUGCCCCAGAUGAUGAAGAUGUCAUUGAAGAGGAGAACUUAGUAAAACAACAAGCUACGGAAGGUGUUGAUGACCCAAACAUUGCUGUGCAGGUCCGAGGCCUGGGAAAAACUUAUCCUGGGUCUACAAACAUUGGUUUCUGCAAAUGCAAGAAAAAUUCACCAUACCGAGCUCUAAGGGGCUUGUGGGUGAACUUUGCAAAAGAUCAGUUGUUUUGUCUACUUGGACCAAACGGAGCAGGCAAAACCACAGCAAUUAAUUGUUUGACAGGAAUCACCCCGGUGACUAAUGGAGAUGCCUUGAUAUAUGGGAUAUCUGUACGUAGCUCCAUUGGCAUGUCUAAAAUUCGAAAAUUGAUAGGAGUUUGUCCUCAGUUUGAUAUUCUCUGGGAUUCACUUUCUGGGAAGGAACACCUUGAUCUCUUUGCCAAUAUAAAGGGCCUACCCUCAUCUUCAAUAAAAUCGGUUAUUCAAAAAUCACUUGAGGAGGUGAAACUCGCUGAGGCAUCCAACAUACGAGCUGGCAGUUAUAGUGGAGGAAUGAAACGUCGACUUAGUGUUGCAAUAGCCCUUAUUGGUGAUCCAAAAUUAGUCAUUUUGGAUGAACCUACAACUGGCAUGGACCCAAUAACAAGAAGACAUGUAUGGGAUAUUAUAGAGAAUGCUAAGAGAGGGCGUGCAAUAGUCCUAACAACACACUCAAUGGAAGAAGCUGACAUUUUAAGUGAUCGGAUUGGAAUUAUGGCCAAGGGUAAGCUACGCUGCAUCGGAACCUCAAUCAGAUUGAAGUCGCGUUUUGGGACGGGUUUUAUUGCUAAUGUGAGCUUUUCUGGUAGCACCAAUGGACAAGCUACUCCCAACAGGGACGUAGUUGAUACAACUCAUCAUGAGGAUGUGAAGCAGUUCUUUAAACAUCAUUUAAAUGUUGUACCAAAGGAGGAGAACAAAGCCUUUUUCACCUUUGUCAUUCCUCAUGACAGAGAGGUGCUUUUGCCGAAUUUUUUUAAAGACCUCCAAGAUAGAGCAAGUGAGUUUGGUAUAGCUGACAUUCAACUCGGUCUCACAACUCUUGAAGAAGUUUUCUUAAAUAUCGCAAAGCAAGCCGAACUAGAAAGUGCAACAGCUGAGGGUAUACUUGUUCCUCUUACUUUAACAACUUCAGGAACAUCAAUUGAGAUACCGGUUGGAGCUAGGUUUGUGGGGAUUCCAGGAACUGAAACUGUAGAGAAUCCUAGAGGAAAUAUGGUAGAAGUAUACUGGGACCAAGAUGAGUUUGGCAAUCUAUGCAUCUCCGGCCACUCAGAUGAAACUCUAAUACCUCCAAACGUUGAUCCAGUAGUUUCUUUAGUACCUGCUCCACAGCGCAGAGGUAUCUUAGGCCGACCAGGAGUAGCCCGGGGCAUUGUGCUUGAUCCCAAUCAAGUCAUCAGUAGUAACUCUCAUUGAUGCCUCUACAUACAUACGAACUCAUAAAGGUCUUGUUCAUUUUUCUAAGCACCACGUUUUGUAACUUCAAUUACAACCAGUUUACAUCAUGCUAAGUUUUGGCACAUUUGAAUUAUUUUGUAUAAUGUUGUAGAUAUAUGUAUUUUAUAGUUUAUGCUACAUGUUUAUAUAUUCAAUCUUUCAAUUAAACUUUA